CCCUCCCUUCUUCCUUCCUUCCUUCCUGGCUGUGCCUUUUCUGUGUCAGUUUCAGGAGUCCUGAGCUUGAGCCUGAAACAAAGCAGGAGGCUGGAAAAGGGCUCUCCGGAGUUCGCCGAGACGCCGAACUGAGGGGGAGGCUCCCUGCCUUGGCCGAGGCGUCGGGUUGUGCCUUUCGCCGUCAGCUCUGCGCAGCGCGAAGCUCCUUUCGGGGAGAGCAUCUGGCUCCCGAGCGGGGCGGGCGGGCAGGGAAAGUUUGCUCGGCUCUUUCCUUCGCCUUUCAGAUCGAGGCGGGUUUUUGCCAGAUUAAGCAGUAGCUUGCCGACCACCGACCGCCUCCAGCGCUGCUCUGUCGGCCACCUCAAUAGCGAAAAGCGAGAACCUGGCUGGGACGGGGAGAAAAAGGAACAGCAAAAAGCGAGCCCGAUCCGGCUUCUCAUCUUGAUCCUGCUCCAGUGCCGCUUCCUUUCCUGCUGGACCCGACAGCCUCCUCACAAGAAUUCCGAGAGUGUUGCUUCCUACCCUCCUUUCCUCUCUCUCUCUCGGGAGGUUUGAGGUUCGUUAAGGGAUAAUAUUAUUCUUUUUUGAAAACCCAAAGAAGAAAGGCAAGGAAGGAAGGAAGGAAGGCGAGUCCAGCAGUUGAUUCCUCUCUUCCAAGAAGCGCGCUCCCGAAAAAGCUCGAGAAGGGGGGAAAAGAAGGGGCCCCGUCUGCGCCUAGCCUUGGGGAUGGAUGAUCAGCCCAGGUUGAUGCAUUCCCACGCCGGAGUGGGGAUGGCUGGCCAUCCGGGCCUGUCCCAACAUAUGCCGGACGGAGCUGCCGGCACUGAAACCGAGGGGGGACGAAAACAAGACAUUGGGGACAUUUUACAGCAAAUCAUGACCAUCACCGACCAGAGUUUGGAUGAAGCGCAGGCCAGAAAACAUGCUCUAAACUGUCACAGAAUGAAACCUGCACUUUUUAAUGUCUUGUGUGAAAUUAAAGAAAAAACAGUGUUGAGCAUUCGAGGAGCUCAGGAGGAGGAACCCACAGACCCACAGCUAAUGCGGCUGGACAACAUGCUCUUAGCAGAAGGGGUAGCUGGCCCUGAGAAAGGAGGGGGCUCAGCAGCAGCAGCAGCAGCAGCAGCAGCCUCAGGAGGUGCUGGCUCAGACAAUUCCGUAGAACAUUCUGACUACAGAGCAAAACUCUCACAGAUUCGGCAGAUCUACCACACAGAGCUGGAGAAGUAUGAACAGGCAUGUAAUGAGUUCACGACCCACGUGAUGAAUCUGCUGAGGGAACAGAGCAGGACUCGGCCUAUCUCCCCCAAAGAGAUAGAGAGGAUGGUCAGCAUCAUCCACCGCAAGUUCAGCUCCAUCCAGAUGCAACUCAAACAGAGCACAUGUGAAGCUGUCAUGAUCUUGCGCUCUCGAUUUCUUGAUGCACGGAGGAAGAGAAGAAAUUUCAACAAGCAGGCUACAGAAAUUCUCAAUGAGUAUUUCUAUUCUCAUCUCAGCAACCCUUAUCCCAGUGAGGAAGCCAAAGAGGAACUAGCCAAGAAAUGUGGCAUCACAGUCUCACAGGUAUCAAACUGGUUUGGAAAUAAACGAAUCCGGUACAAGAAGAACAUAGGUAAAUUUCAAGAGGAAGCCAAUAUUUAUGCUGCCAAAACGGCUGUCACUGCUACAAAUGUGUCAGCCCAUGGAAGCCAAGCUAACUCACCCUCAACUCCCAAUUCAGCUGGUUCUUCCAGUUCUUUUAACAUGUCAAACUCUGGAGAUUUGUUCAUGAGCGUGCAGUCACUCAAUGGGGAUUCUUACCAAGGGGCCCAGGUUGGAGCCAACGUGCAGUCACAGGUGGAUACCCUUCGCCAUGUUAUCAGCCAGACAGGAGGAUACAGUGACGGGCUCACAGCAAGUCAGAUGUAUAGUCCACAGGGCAUCAGUGCUAAUGGAGGUUGGCAAGAUGCUACGACUCCUUCGUCGGUGACUUCCCCCACAGAAGGCCCUGGCAGCGUUCACUCUGAUACCUCCAACUGAUCUCCCAGCAAUCCAGUAUCCCCGGCUGCUCCCACCCUGUACCAGGCAGAGGUGGGGGCAGAGAGGGGAGAGUUUUUUUCUCCUGUUGAUGCCAUCAGGCUGGAUUCAGAGCUGACUGGCCCACCCAACAGGAGUCUCCUUCUCUUCUCUCUUUGGGGAUGCUUUUUCAGCCAGUCUGGACACUUCUUUAUACUCUCUUCCCUUUCUUUUCUGGGUAGAAGCCACCUUUCCUUUCACCAUCACCAUUGCCUGUCCUCUCACAGCAAAAUAAUCAGAAGAAAAAAAAAUCUGAAAGCAUUUGUACUUAUUAUGUUGUUGCUGUUGUUGUUGUUGUUGUUGUUAUUUUUAUCCCAGUGUCAAUCCCUCCAGUCUACCAGAUAUCUGAUCGCCUUCUCCCAUUUCUCUGGUGUUCUCACUACCUCUUUUUAGGAGCAUCUAAGCUCUUCCCUUGGCUUUUGGGCACCAUACCUCCUUCAUAUGAGACAAUGAUCUGUUCCUUUAAGAUCCUGAAUCUUUGGUGAGUUGCCUUCCAGGACAAUCCCUGUUACAGGUUGGAUAAAUGCAAUCCGGGUGCUGCAAGAUAUGGCCAUAACAUGUCACAUGGUUACAAGAUAGGAAACUGUUAGCAAAGCUACUCUUUACCAUCCCUUCAUGUCUCUUAUCCACCAUAGACAUGAACCUUGCCACUUCUCAGUUUGGUUAUUCCACACUUUCAGUGGAACUGUAAUUAGGGCUGUGUGCAUCGUUCUUCAUGAAGAAAAUGCAUAGUUGCUUAGUAUAACAUGACGCAAGUACAGUAAAUCUGGGAAGUAAAUUAUCUUUUCCUAAUUUGGGUUCUACAAAUCACAUUUUAUUGAUGCAGAAAAGACUUUCACAUUUUCAUUUGAAAUGAAAACUAUGUAAGAACAGAGCAAUAAAGACCUGUGCAUGGCACUGUGGUCUUCAUUCUUACAUCCUCUGAUUUCUCAGCUUUAUCCAAGCAUUAUGUGCCUGAAUGCAUCAUAAACCUUAGGUAUUCAGAAAAGGAGGGGGUUAUGUUCACAAUAAAGCUGCAGAAAUUGCAAAAUACCCACAGCUUUCAUUACACUCCUAAUUUACCAAUAUCUGUUACACAGAGAAAGAAAUCACUGGGAAAUUACUUCCAAGCUGCUAGAAUAUAUAACUUGCACUAGUAAACAUUUGGACCUUUAUGGCUUUACAUAUUAUAAUUUGAUUAUACAGCCUUGCUAAAAUUGUGGUGCUGCCCUAAUUGUGAAAAACAAUAGAUUGACACUUCACUUCUAAACAAAACUCUUCCUGCUAGAAAAAACAGUAAAAUUGAUGGGUGGGAUAAAAUGGGAAGAAGAUAAAUAAACGACUAUUGGAAAUGAAUAUUGGAAAAUACAUAUUUGCAUGGUGACCUUAAACAAUUGCCUGUGCUCCAACAUAUUUCUCCAGAAUAAGAUGAAUUGGGUUGCCUCCUAGUCUUGAACCUGAGGACUGAUCUCCUUUCAGCAAAGCAUGUUCAGGGGAACAUCCCAGUCAAUUGACUGUGUCCUUCGUGAGGGGUCUGGAUAGAAAGGCAUUAAAUAACCUAAGCUGAUCUGGGCUUAGUGAUAACAUGUAAAAGUAUCAGGCACCCAUGAUUAAGAAUAGUGGCCACUGGUACAUUCUCUGUCCAGGGCGAUGCUGAUAUUUCAAUGUAUUUAUAUCACACUAUAAGCUUUCUUGCUUCCAAUUGUUACUAUUCCAUCCUGUCAAUAGAAAAAGGCUUUUCUAUUUAGGGUCAUUGUGAAUUCAAACUGAUAAAUAAUCCAGAUUAAUUAACAUAGAUUACAAAUAAUUCUGUGAGCAACAUUAGCAAUUUUGUCUGGAGGGGAUGUCGAGACCCUGAUGCUUCUUAUUAGAAAUCCAUAGCUCUCUUGGUCCAUCUGCUCUUGAUAACCUGCAUAUACCCAGAAUUAAAUCCAAGUAAAUUGGAGGCACUGUAGAAAAGCACUAGAUUUAGUGGAGAAGCAAACAUUUCAUAAUUUUAUUGUGAUGGUUGAUUUGAGCAAAGGACUCACUUUUCAAAGCACUUUCCACCCUCCAAAUGAACCUGCCAGAAUGAUUUCAUCUGGGUUUUGGGAUUUCCUUAGCAAAUGCAAUAGCCAUAAGGAGCUCUUCCAGUUACUAAGCACAUUAGAAAGAGUCCCAGAAGGGACAUGAAGCAACUCAAGGCAAAAUGCAGCCACCUCCCACAUGCCUAGCAUGGCUUUUAAAUUAGGAUGAAUUUAAAGAAAAAGGCAAAAACAAAAAGCAAAUACUAGCUAAGAGGUUAAAGGCAUAGCAUCUACACAGUCUUUGUAAUGAGAUGGAAAUGAGGAAGGAGAUUGCAGAAAUAAGUAGAGAUGGCUUUUGGUGGGUGAUGUUUUAUGGACAAAGAAAUACAUGCAAAAUACAGUUGACCACAUCAAAGGUGAUACUUAACUUUAGUACAUGAGGGAAAAAUAAUAGAUAGCAUUGCCUAGUGUUUGGAUGAAAUAUACUUUUGCCAAAUGUUAGAUGCACCAGAUCUUGGCCACACAAAUCCAGACCAUAACAAAGAAUUGACAUUUUUUGGUAUCUCUGCUGCCAUCUAGUGAUCAUGUGGAUUCAUGCAGCCAAGAUGAGUUGUCCUUGAUGAAGACCAGUGUGCAUGGACUUGAAUAUUUGUUUAAUGUAAUUAAGUGUAAUUAGGUUAGUUGCAAUUAAUUACAUUAAUUGUGUGAUUUUUAUCUAAAGUAUCUAUCGGCAACUUUCAUAGAGACCAUUAUAUUGCUGUGAUAAAUGAAAAUAUGACAUAGUCUCCUGGAAAACAGAUUUUAUUCAAUUUCCAUUUAUAGAUAGACAGUGUUGUGCAGUGUUAUUUAUUAGCUUCAUUUCAAACUAUUACCUGGACUGUGCAAUUUGCAUGGCAGACUACAAUUGUCUGGGAAGGAAAAAAGAGAUGGAACUGCAUUUAUCUGCCUGUAACAAUAUAUCUUUCUAUUAUGGUCUGUCAUGGUAUGGUACUGAACUUCUUAAUGGUACAUACACUGGUAGUAAUUCUUUGCAUAUCCAGAUUUACUAUUUUUAUUAUAAUUAUGUAAUACUGAUAUUUUUGCUUAAAUGUGACCUACCUUCUCAUAGAUUUGGUUCUUUAUUUUCUGCCCAGAAAAACCCAACUUCGAUACCAAAAACAAAAAAAAUAAAAAAGUGCAGAAACUUUAAAAAAAAAAAGAAUCCUAAAAAAGUUUUUAAAAAAUUAAAAUGUUCAGUUCUUUCAGCUUUAUUAACAUUUUCCAAUGUUUCUUGCGAUUUGUGUCUCGUUCUUUGUAGUAAUUGAUGAUAAUGAACAUUUGAUAAUGAAUGUUCUUGUAUAUUCAGAUAAAGGAAAAACAAACCAAAAAAGCAGUCUGAAUUUAAUAAUGUUUAUAAAAAUAAAAAGUUACCCUCAUAGCACGCAUCGAAGGACAGGCAGUCCCCAUCCUGUCCUGUGGCAAAAAGAGCUUCAUACCUGUAUAGUUUUUAACACCAAGUUACCUACAUUUGCUCUUCUUUGGUUUCCAUUUUAAUGCAUUUGUGAAUUAGUUCAAGAAUGGUAGACAAGUGUAGAGUUGUGCACAUUCAUUUCCUGUUACACAAUGUUUUAAAAGAAGUGACAGUAAUUCAUUUUGUAAAACUUUUAACAAUGGUUGGAAUAGUGAGCAUAAUAGGUACACUUAAUACUUUGUUUACUAACUUUGAAUGCCAGAAGUGACAUUUUCAUUAUCUUCUGCAUAAAUUUUAAAAGGGGCUUUUAUUUUAGGCCCAAUCCACUGGUAGGUUCUCCAGCAUAAGCCUCCCCUGAAACAAAUGGAAGCUAUGCAAGGGCUUUUGCUGUGCAGCUUCAGUUUUUUUCAACAAGACUUAUGCAGGAUACUAGAUUCAUCUCUUUUAUUUUGAUCUAUCUCUCUAUCUCUCUCUUUUUGUCAAACUAUGGCCUUGAAAACAUAUUUUCCAAUUCCAUUCUUAAAAUUUUUAUUGCCUUUAAAGUGAUGUGAAAAGCUUCUUUAGCAAACAGAAAAAAGAUAAAUUAUUUUCCCUUAAAUGUGCUUAGUUUAUAUAAAAUCAACACUCUUGUUUAUUGGUUUGAUGCCAAUAAGAUGUGUUGGGAUUAGAGAUCCUAGAAUUUGCAACCAGAAUAACCAACAUCUCAUGUAGCAUACUUGGUAGGUGGAAAAUUGCUUCUGGCUGAAGGCUGAAAAUAAGACCUCGAGCGAUGAGCAAGGUACUUGAAAUACUCAACUUCCUGAAAUUUAUUUAACUUCCAUUCUCACCUGGCUUGCUUGACAGUAGUGGUGAACUAAACUUUCUGAGAACUCCCACCUGGGGCUGUCUGGCUGCUUGGUUUUCCUGAAUAGUUUUGAGAAGGCUAGAGAAGGUCCACAUCAACUUUCUCUGUGGAAUAUGAGGACGUAGAGCAUUGCUUCUACUGCCCAUCAGGUUGCCAUCAAGUGAUGAGCAAUGCAUGCCAAGAUGCAAUAUUUGUGCCCUUUUAAGCAAAGAUUGUUUGACCUACUGUGGUAGCACAGUAGAAUACAGUAUUGCAGGCUAAUUCUGCCCACUUCCAGGAGUUCAAUUCAGACCGGCUCAAGGUUGACUUAGCCUACCAUCCUUCUGAGAUUGGUAAAAUGAGGACCCAGAUUGUUGGAGGCAAUAUGUUGACUUUGUAAACUUUGUCCAGAGAGUGCUGUAAAAUGCUAUGGGCAGUAGAUAAGUCUAAGUGCUAUUGCUAUUGCUACACAGGAAAUUAUAAGUAGUAGGGUGUGUAGGGUUACUGUUGCCAGAAGGGUGUAGGGUUAUUGCUUGCUACUUGCCAAGAUGGCAGAUGAGGGGAGAGGUACUCAUCAACAGUUGCCUGGUCAGUGCAACAAUUAUGUUAUUUAUGAAGUGAAAGUGCUAAUUCUUUUUGCCACAGCCGAUCUUCCUUGCCACCACCAGAUAAUGUGAACCAGCAUUCUGCUCUAUUGCUUGUAAUUUCCCUCCCUUCCCCAUGUCCUGGUUUUCUGUGCAAAAGUAAGUUCCAGGACUCACUUGGGGUAUUAACCAAAGCUGCUGAUCUGCCAGCUCCUCCCCAGUCAUGCCUGUAUUUAGAAAGGAGAACCAAAAGUGGUGGGCAAGCAUAUUGGAAAUCACUAGGCAAAGGGUGUCCCCUUGUGCCAUAAAUCAUCACUUACAGGCUGUACCACCUGCCAACCGAGGGAAUGGUCAUAAAUGCAGUCAUAUGUUUAAAAUACUAUCUAGUCAGAUCUCUUUAUUGGUACUAUAUUUUUAAGAUUAAACAGUAGAUGAAAUGUACUAUUUCAUCCUGUCUUCUUAAAUACUUAUCUAAAUGACUUUCUGGGAGAUGCUCGUCAAUCUUAAUUCAAGGACAACCUUGGUCCACAAUUGAGCCUGGUUUGCUAGUACAACUCUUGCUAUUUUCUCUCAUUUCUCUCAAUUAUCAGUACCUUUGUUAAAGAAUCAUUAAUGAAGAAAUUAUAGUGGGGAACAAAGCAAUAACUUAAAUCAAUUAUGAAAGUAAAUAUGAAAUUUCAAUGCCCUUGCUGUUCAAAAAGCACUUUGCCAUCACAACUCCAGUUUGGUGGAUUUUGGAACGCUAAGACAAUUGUGUAAAUAUUACUAAAGAGUGCCCCAUAAUCAGGGCCAAGGGCUAGGAUAACUAAUUGCAUCAUAAGCAUCAAGGAUAUGCUCCCUUAUCUCUCAGUUCAGAAUGAGAGCAAAAUAAUUAGCAUUAUUUGUCCUCAAUGCCAUAAUGGGUUAAAUCUGAUUAGCUACCUCGUGAUAUGACAUCAUCACAUGUAAUGUGAUUCCUGAUUUGCUGAGCCAAAGAUGCAUUCUUCUAUAGCCUCAUUUUUCAGACUAUGAAAGUAGAAGAGGAAGAUUCCUGGAAAGUUUCAGAGUUCAGAGGUUUUGCUGGGGAAAAUGCAUGUCACUUUUUCAAACCAACAAAAACUGUUCUGUCUCUAAUUCUUCAUUCAACAAUGUUACAACAUGUACUUACUUCCAAUGAGACAUUGUAGGGCAAAAUUACAUUCUGUAUACAAUGUUGAAAACAAUAUUUGUAUUGGUUUUGAUGGUUUGUUUUGGAUUUUAGGAUAUUUUUUUCAUCUAAAAACAGUUUCUAACUGCCCCCGUUUUGCUGAAGUUUUGGAGACUUUCUUCCCAUUUUUUUAUUUUCAAAGAAAAGGGGAGGAUAGAUAAAUUGCAUCUGUAGUGCAUCCAGUGGAGUUGGAGUUUAAUUGGCAUUGGGGGGUUUCUGGAAUGCUGACAUCCAGUUCUUUCCUAGUAAGGCUUUUAAGGUUGACUCAGCCUUCCAUCCUUUCUAAGGUAGGUAAAUUGAGGACCCAGUUUGUGGGGGCAAUAAGCUGACUUUGUAUAAAUAUACAAAAGUAUGAAGGCUAUUGCUUAACGCAUUGUAAGCCGCCCUGAAUCUCCGGAGAAGGGCGGCAUAUAAAUCAUUUUUUUAAAAAAAAUAAUAGCCUUGAUAUUAUUUAAUCCUGAAAAAGUAUCCUUUCUAAUUUCAGAUUUAGGGUCACACAGCAAAGGAGUAGCAAACCCAACCCACAACACCUCCUCACCCAAACUACCAAUAAAUAUGGGAACUGUAUUUUUAAAAAUGGAAAAUACAAAGUUAAAGGGAUCUCUUUGCUCCCUUCCAAAAGUUAUAGGCAAACUCAAAAAAAAAAAAUCUGAUUUGAGUUGGACAUACCUGCACUCUGUUGUUUAGACAGACACUAACAAACAUCUUCUAACUGCAAGGGGGGAAAAAAAUCUUUGAUUAUGCUGAGUCAGCAGAUUUACAGAUCUGGGCUCAUGUCUAAAAGACAAAUUGUAUGCUCUUUGGAGCUAUAGUACCCUGAAUCCAAUUAUUUGUAGAUUUAAGAUAAUCCCAGUCCACCUUAGUGCUUUCUGUUUUUACUAUACCUUACCAGAGAGAAAUCUCAAACUGGUAAAAGUAUAUUGCUGUGCAAUUCACACUGCAUGGAGAAAGCAGUGUCUAAUCCAAAUUCUCAUUUCUUCAAAAUGUUAUCUUUUUGACUGAUAGCUAUUGCUUCUCAGAAAGAAUCAGGGAGUCAAAGUGAUAGUGCUUUCAAAAGUGAUAUAACAGGAAUCAGUCAAAAACCUAUCCCUGCAGCAAGGAAGAAUCCAAGGCUCAGUCUGGUAGGAGGGAUUUAUAGGACUGGACUCGUUUGGGAAACAAAAUUUGAUAUAUGAUUCAAUAUUUCAAAAACUGAAUCUGUAAAACAAUGGAUGGCAACACUGUUCUUUCUUUAUUUGCAAGGUAUGAUGAGGUUUUCACAUCACUCUUUGCAUUGGCCCCUUAUUUUUCCCAUGCAACCUUGUUUGCAUAAAGCUUUUAACAUAUAAUCACCAUUGUUAUUAUCAAAAUGUAUCACAAAAUGCAUUGUUUGUUCUUAAUCAGGAUGCUUUUUGUUUCUUGCAAAGAUACCCUGCUGUAUUUUCAAUUGCUUUGUCUUUUCUUAUGUUUCCAAUAAUUUCUCAAUAUUAAGAAAUAUUCUCUUUGCUUUGAUUUACAUCAAGUUUUCUGCUCCCUUAAAAAUAAGGCCUGUGUCUUUUGGAUCUCCAUUGAAACUUUUCUGUUCUAUAAUAAUACUAACAAGAUGUAGGUUUUACAGUCUCCUGAUUUGUAUUGCUACUGCAUAUUCCAAAUAAAUUGUUUCUUUUGUUGCAAAAA